CGUGGUCUAGGUCUAGAUAUAGACACCAUUUCACUAUUGCUGUUCGUGUUAUGUUGUUGAGCUUUGCUUGCCGAUUCUUAAACAUAUAAGGAGUUUACAUCUGACGAGGGAUUCAACCAUGGAGGUGAUUCGGCUGUGCAGCUUGUGUUUCCUCCUCGUUAUAUCGCGUGGUGCAUAUGGAGACCUGAGCUAUUCUUUUCCAGAGGAGAUGAAACGAGGAUCUGUUAUUGGAAAUAUAGCCAAGGAUCUCGGGCUGCAGUCGGGCGCUUUGUCUAACAGGAAAGCCCGCAUUGACACAGAAGAGAUUGACACACGGUACUGUGACAUAAACCUGAAUAACGGAGAGCUGAUUGUUGCUGACCGGAUCGACCGAGAGGGGCUGUGUGGCGAGAAAGCUUCGUGUAUCUUGAAACAGGAGCUCGUGCUGGAGAAUCCUCUCGAGCUCCAUCGGAUUACUCUACACAUUCUAGAUGUAAAUGAUAACUCUCCACAAUUUAAGGGAGAAUCGUUCAAUAUUGAAAUUCAAGAGUCUGCAGACAGAGGAGCUCGUUUUGUGAUAGAGGAGGCGCACGAUGCGGAUGUAGGACAAAAUUCGGUUCAGCAGUACAGCCUUAAAAAGAACGAGAAUUUCAUUUUAGCUGCAAAUGGAAACACUAUCGAGCUUGUUCUAGAUAAAGAGCUUGAUCGAGAGAAACAAAAAGAGCUCAAUUUGCUCCUCACAGCUUUAGAUGGAGGCUCUCCUCAGAGAUCAGGUACAGUAGUCAUACACGUCACUGUACUGGAUGCUAAUGAUAACGCCCCAGUGUUCAGUCAGGCCGUGUAUAAAGCCAGUCUGCCUGAAAACUCUCCUCUAGAGACUGUAGUGGUCACAGUGAGUGCAACUGAUGCAGACGAGGGAGUCAAUGGAGAUGUUACAUAUGAUUUUGGACAUAUUUCUGAUGACGUAAAGAAACUGUUUAGUAUUGACCCUAAACUCGGUGACAUAAAAGUGAUUGGCGCUGUUGACUAUGAAAGUACUAAAUCCUUUGAAAUACGCGUUAGUGCCAAAGAUGGGUUAGGCCUUUCAUCUUAUGCGAAGGUAAUAAUUUCAAUCAUUGAUGUGAAUGACAACCCACCAGUUAUUAACUUAAAAUCACUGAUGAAUCCCAUACCUGAGAACGUGUCACCUGGUACAGAGUUGGGCAUCAUCAACGUGCAGGAUAGAGACUCUGAGAGUAACAGACAGGUCCGAUGCUCCAUUCAGCAAAAUGUCCCUUUUAAGUUGGUUCCUUCUAUUAAAAACUAUUAUUCUCUGGUGAGCACAGGACAGCUGGACCGUGAACUAGUGUCUGAUUACAACAUUACAAUCAGUGCCACUGACGAGGGCUCUCCACCUCUGUCCUCCUCUAAAAGUGUUCAGUUAUCUGUAGCAGACAUCAACGACAACCCACCUGUGUUUGAGGAACAGUCGUACAGCGCAUAUGUGAGUGAGAAUAACAAACCUGGCUCCACUUUAUGUUCCGUUAGUGCUCGAGACCCCGACUGGAGACAGAACGGUACAGUGAUUUAUUCUCUGUUAGGCGGUGAGGUGAACGGUGCCCCGGUGUCCUCCUAUGUGUCAGUGAACGGAGACACGGGGGUGAUCCACGCUGUGAGGUCGUUUGACUAUGAACAGUUCAGGAGCUUCAAAGUGCACGUGAUGGCCAGAGACAACGGCUCUCCUCCGCUCAGCAGCAACGUGACCGUGAGUGUGUUCAUAUCGGAUGUGAAUGACAACUCUCCUCAGAUCCUGUACCCCGGGCCGGAGGGCAACUCGUUCAUGACCGAGCUGGUCCCCAAAGCUGCACACGGAGGCUCUCUGGUGUCCAAAGUGAUAGCGGUGGACGCGGACUCCGGACAGAACGCCUGGCUGUCGUAUCACAUAGUGAAAUCCACUGAUCCGGGCCUUUUCACUAUUGGUGUCCACAGCGGAGAGAUCAGGACGCAGCGUGACAUUUCUGAAUCUGACAGCAUGAAACAGAACCUUAUUGUGUCAGUGAAAGAUAACGGACAGCCCUCUCUGUCUGCCACCUGUUCCAUGUAUUUACUGAUUUCUGAUAACUUGGCUGAGGUGCCAGAACUGAAGGACAUUUCUUAUGAUGAGAAGAACUCCAAACUGACUUCUUAUCUGAUCAUCGCGCUGGUGUGUGUGUCUACGUUUUUCCUGACCUUCAUCAUCAUCAUCAUGGGUGUGAGGUUUUGUCGCAGGAGAAAGCCCAGACUGUUGUUUGACGGAGCAGUGGCCAUCCCCAGUGCUUAUCUCCCUCCUAAUUACGCAGAUGUAGACGGCACAGGAACUUUACGCAGCGCUUACAAUUAUGACGCCUACCUGACAACAGGGUCUCGUACCAGUGACUUCAAGUUUGUGUCAUCUUACAAUGACAACACACUGCCUGCUGACCAGACUCUGAGGAAAAGUCCAUCAGACUUUGCUGAAGUGUUUGGAGACUGUGAUGACUCUCCUGAGGUAGGAACAUGUGCUGAAUAUAGUUUGCAGUAUCAGGUGCAGUAACAGCAUUUUGGUAGGACACAGUGG